GCUAUCGGACGAAAAAAAGAGAAAAAUCAUGUAUUUUGUGAGAAAUAUGCCAUUGGCAUUAAUCGUGUGUAUAUUUUUAUUGUCAGGUUUUCAAGCCAAAGAAGUGCACUUGGAAACUGAAUCGACCAUUUUGAUCGAUGCGAAGAAAUUUUUGGAAAUUUUCAAAAAAUCAAAUGAAACCAAUGUUUGUGGUGAGAAUGAAGAGUAUUUAGAAUGUGGUAAAAAGUGUAUGUUGAGCUGUCGAUACUCUGCAUCAUCGUUUGGCAUUGCACUCUCCGAAGAUGAGUGUGAAAAAAAUGAAUGCGUCAAAGGAUGCUUUUGUAAAGAUGGUUUGGUGCGACAAAGAGAUAAAUGUGUACCUGUGGCAGAGUGUUCAUCUCGUCAAAGCAAAGCAUUUGAUAUUGAAAUGGACACAUCAUAUAAUUCUGAGCCACCCAGACGUUUUCAAGGUAUCAAACCAUCAUGUGGACCUCAUGGAUGUUCGUCGAGUUCUGUAAGCUGUGGUGCAGGUGGCUGUGGAUCGACUUGUGGCCCAAAAGGGUGUACAACCCAUGGAAAUGGACUCUCUAUACAUAAUUACAAUCAAGCUGUCGCCAAUGGGGGAGGUAAUGGAGGUAAUGGAAAUGAUUGUGAAGAUGGUUAUUGUGGAGGAUCGAGUUCGGGACAUGGAUAUGGUCAUGGCAGUAAUAAUCAAGCCAACAAUAAUAAUAAUAACAACAACAACAAUAAUAAUAAUAAUAACAAUCUAAUCAACGGUGGAAAUGUAUGCAACAGUGGAAAUUGUGGUGGACAUUAUCGUCCUAGUCGCCCUUAUCCGCCAUACCCUUUUUAUCCUACUUCGGGUGGUUACCCAUGGGGUGGAAAUUACUGGGGUAAUGGGGGAGGAUUCAAUUACUGGGGCGGAAAUGGAAUAUACUAUCCAGGUGGCUACUAUCAAGGUAUCUAUUAUCCAGCUGGUUAUUAUCCAACUUAUCCUUGGUUAUUAUACAACACCGGCAUUAAUAAUGGAGGAACAACCACCACCACAACCACAACCUCUACAAUUACAAGAAGACUUAACGACGCUUUGGGGAAUUUUAUCUUCCAGGAUACAAUUAACGGUGUAGUUACGAAUUACAGCACAAACGGCUUCGAAUCUCUUUAUCCAAAUGGAACUAGGACAUAUACCUACAACGAUCCGUCUGCCUUCGUUAUACAAAAUCCAGAUGGUACUUUUUCUGGCGACGUAAAUACCAUCCUGGGUUUAUUCUCUCGUUUAUCAAGUUCAUUCCGUAGUCACGAACAAAGCUUCGGAACACCACAUAAUAAUCAAAAUGACGAUGAUGAAAUUUCAGCUGCAAAACCUUCAAAUGAAUAUCCCUCUAUUCAAAAUUUAUUUAAUACAAACUUUUCGCCAUUUACAACAUUGGUUGGCGCCGCAAUAACACCAGUAGUCAUUCCUGGCUUUUCACCUGCAUCAAAACCAGAAUUGUUUGAUAAGAAAAAACCGUCGCAUAAUCACGGUAGCAGUUCGAAAAAACUAACCGAAGAGUCUGAGAAGAAAACAAAUAUAAUGUUUUAUAUACCAAAUUUACAAUAUUAUUCAGGCGUAAAUCCAUUGAACAGCCUAGAAAAGCAUUCGUCAUUUGCACCAAAUCAAGUUCCACAAAAAAAUCAAGCCGCUUAUUUCAAUUAUUUGAACACAUAUAAGCCAAAUGUGCCAAACUUUAACGGUGAACUCCAAUACAUUGUUUUGAAUAAUGACUUUGUACCUGAAUAUGCUCAACCGAAUGCUCAUUUUAAUGGACCAUUCAACAUCCCAAAUGAGCACCCAUAUGCACAUUUCAAUCCAAGUUUCAACACACCGCACAACGGGUACAAUCCAUCAUUAAAUUCACCGUUUAAUGGAAUUAAUCCAACGCCAACAUUCAUGAACAUUCAACCACUUCCGUUGGCAAAGAAAACAAACUCUGAGGUUCAUACAAUAAAACCAGUGGAAAUAAUUGAUAAAUCAGAUGAAAGCGAAAUAGAAACACCAGUUAAACGACAGCCAAGACUAUGAAUAGAGUUUAGCUGAAAUCGCAGAGGUAGUUACUACUACACAUCAGAAGAAAAAUAUUCUUACAAAGAGUAAUGCAAUUGACUUGCUUG